CCUCCACUUAAGUCUUGCAUGCUUCACCAUCUAGCUACUCAAUCCUCUCAAGACUUAAGCUAGCUAGAGGGAGGUCAUUCUUGCUUAGUCUUCGUGUCUUAGUUUGUAAUGAUCAUCAUCUUCUUCACCAAAAUAUAAGGCCUGUAGCUAGCUUUCAUAUGCAGAAGUUAAUGGCCUUUUAAUUAGUCAGCAAUUUGAGUACGUACGUACAUAGAGUUAGUGUAGUAUUAUAUUACAGAGUGAAAAUGAUGUACGAUUCGAUACUUGCCAGAAGCUUUAGUCGGCAUGAGCAGAAGAAAUUAGGAUAUGGAGCAUUUCUUUGCUGCUUGUUGAUAGCAUUGUGCUUUUGCACAGUGCUAAAGCCCAGUUUGAAUCCUCUACCACCUUUGAAUUUGCAGCGAUCACUUGGUGUCAGAAACAAGAUACUGGCACUAAUGGAGUCGAACAAGGAAUCAAACAGCUCUGAGCAUGUAAUCAAAACUAAAGUUGAUCGCAUCAUAAAGACUGAAGAGUUCAAAAAUGCGAGUCUUAUUCAUGAAGAUGAAGUAGAAGAUUCUAAACAAGAGCAGAAAAAUGAAAGCAUUACAGACAGUGUUACUACUAGUCCCAUUUCAAGCAGCGGUGACGAUGAUGAUCAAGAAACAAAGAUUGUUGAAGUUGUGACAAAGAGUGUGGAGCCAAUUAUUUGCAAUGUCAAGCAACCAAGAACUGAAUAUUGCGAGGUCAACGGUGAUGCUCGGGUUGAUGGAAAAUCCUCCUCAGUUAUUGUUGCUUCAUCUCAACUGGAGAUGUCAUCAGCUAGCAAUAGCUCCUGGACUAUAAGAACUUAUGCUCGAAAAGAAGAUCCAACAGCAAUGAGUCACGCUCGGAAAUGGUUUGUGAGACCAGCAAGUACUGAUGACCAGGAAUUUCCUCAAUGUAGUCGGAAUCAUAAUGUUCCAGCCAUUUUGUUUUCGAGUGGAGGAUACACCGGAAACCAUUUCCAUGAUUUCACUGAUGUGGUGAUUCCUCUCUUCAUAACUUCACGAAAAUACAAGGGUGAAGUUCAGUUUCUUGUCACGGAUAUACGACCAUUUUGGAUUGAAAAGUUCAAAGCAGUACUAAAAGGAUUGUCCAACUAUCAGUUCAUUGACAUUGACAAAGAACAAGUAGUCCAUUGCUUCCCAAGCAUAACCGUUGGCCUCAUACGACACGGAAAGGAGCUGAGCAUCAAUGAUCCUUCAAAGUAUUCUCUUUCUAUGAAAGACUUCAGAAAGUUUUUGAGGACAACUUAUUCCUUAAAGAAAGUUAAUGCAAUUAGAGUCAAGGAUGGUCAACGCAAAAAGCCUCGGCUUCUGAUCAUCCCAAGGAAGAGAACGAGGUCUUUCACUAAUACAGUAGAAAUUAUGAGAAUGGCAAAACGCUUGGGGUACAAGGUAAGUGUGGCAGAAGCUAGCAUGGACGUCGCAAAAUUUGCAGAACUUGUAAAUUCUUGUGAUGUAUUGAUGGGAGUUCAUGGAGCUGGCCUCACAAACAUUCUUUUUCUUCCGGAAAAUGCAGUCUUCAUCCAAAUACUUCCUGUUGGAGGGUUUGAAUGGCUUGCGGCGACCGAUUUUGGAGAGCCUUCACAGGAUAUGAAUCUCAAGUACUUGGAGUAUAAGAUAAGCAAUGAGGAGAGCACAUUAAUACAGCAAUACCCACUAGACCAUGCAGUUUUUACUGACCCCUACUCUAUUGGAAAACAGGGGUGGGAAGCCUUCAAGUCAAUCUUUUUGGAUAAGCAAAAUGUAAAACUCAAUGUCAACAGGUUCAAACCCACUUUGUUAAAAGCCCUUGAGCUUCUGCAUCAGUAGGUCAUUGUUUGAUUUCUAGAGGAAACAAGUUCCUCUAGGUCAUGUUACUUCAUGUAAUUCUUUUCCGUUUUGUCUAUGUUUUUUAGCCAAGUGUUUCAUCUCAUUGUUUGAGAGGUCCCUUUUGUAUAGAACUUGAGGAAGGAGCAU